UGACUGUCUAAACACAAUUUGAUUAAUUCAAGCUCUACUAAUGACUUUUGUUCUUUUCAGGGAUCCAGUUUCGUCUCCCUGCUACCUGUAGUGCGGAACGAACAGAAACUCCAACUCCAGCGCCAGUGAUAUAUACACCUGACUACAAGAAGAGCCCUCCACCUGUUCCUCCUCGAUCCACCACCAAGCCGCUGAUUUCUGUAACAGCCCAGAGCAGCACCGAGUCAAUGCAGGAUGGGUACCACGAGGGUCGACCAUCACGGGGAGUGCUUUGGGCACCGGAUAGCCACAGCCGGGUUAUCUACAACUCUGCCGACAGCCUGGAUAGCGCAAAGCCAGUGACCCUAGCAAUGGAAACCACAUCCAAGCGCCUCACUUCUGCGGGGAGCUACAGCUCUGUUCAGACCUGCGAUAAGGCCAUCCUGGUGUCUAAAGCAGAGGAAUACCUCAAGGCUCCACGUUCUUCUAUCGGGAUACAGGUGGAAGCAGCCACAGAUUCUGAGGCUGAUAGUAAAGGUCUUCCACAGUAUCAGUCUGUGGGUAUCCAGGUUGAGGAUGAGAAGAAACUUGGCCGCUUUAAACGGUCCAACAGUGUGACGACGGCGGUUCAGGCCGAUUUGGAGCUGGAGGGGUUUCCAUCGACCGAAGACAAGAGUCUGCAGUUUGGAGGAUUUCAACGUCAUUCUGAACCCAGUACACCCACACAGUACAACAUGGUUCGGACUGUACGCACACAGGGCCUUUUUAGCUACCGUGAGGAUUACAGGCCCUCCAGUGGGCCGCCCAGUCCGCAGCCUGAACCCUGGCUGGUGGAGCCUGCUCUUGAAGCAGCCGAGUCCGGCCGCGUGUCGCCACUCCGCCGCGAUGGCAGCUGGUUCAUGCAGCUUCUGCACAGAGAGACUAAACGUAUGGAGGGCUGGUGCAAAGACAUGGAGCGUGAGGCGGAGGAGCACGACCUGUCGGAGGAGAUUCUUGGGAAGAUCCGGAGUGCUGUGGGCAGCGCUCACCUCCUAAUGUCCCAGAAAUUCCAGCAGUUUUACUGGUUGUGUCAGCAAAAUUUGGACCCCAGCGCUAUGCCGCGCCCCACGGCUCAGGACCUGGCUGGCUUCUGGGAUCUUCUGCAGCUCUCCAUAGAUGAUGUCACUGCCAAGUUUGAUGAGCUGCAGCAAAUCAAGAGUAAUGAGUGGAGGAUAGUGGAGAGUCCUGAGAAGAAGGAAAGAAAAUGGCCACCUCCUGUUACAAAGAGGCCUCCUAAAGGUCGAGGAGCUGUCAUGCGUGAGCGAUCCUUGGAUCUGCAGGACCGUCAGAGGCAAGAGGCCCGCCGUAGGCUCCUAGCUGCAAAACGGGCUGCGUCGUUCCGUCAGAGCUCAGUUACAGAGCGGGCCGACAGCAUAGAGAUCUACAUCCCUGAAGCCCAAACACGUUUAUGAAACACGCAUAACAACAGGGUCCAUCUAUUCUGCUCCAUGUCACUGCUCCGCCCGUACACAUUCUCACAUCUGUUACAGUAUUCUUCCUCUGCUCAUCAUCUACUCUGAGCUGAGAAUAGUGGUGAGUUUCUAUAUGCCUCAAACAGAGCUCAAUGCAAAGAGGUCAUGGCAGUCUAUGCACUCCGAGGCCUGCAGCUACUGCAACCCAGUUUGUAUUUCAGUUUUAGUUCAUUCAGAGGCCAAAACUAAGGCUUUAUUCACACUGCACACAAAUCUGAAUUGGUUUUCACAUUCAAUUUUUAGGACACAAUUAGGAUGCGGUUUCAAUAGUUGUGAUAUAAGUGCCAAUCCCUUCAUGAGAUUUGUGAGAGCAAUUAGCUCAUAUUAGCAAUUAUUAUAUUAACGUUCAUGCAAAUACUGUGUACAAAGACCACUGACUCAUUCACUCACUAUUCACGACAUGAAUUUUAUGUAGCCAUAGAGGAAUGUUGAUGGAACAUUAUAUUUUAAAUGCUUUAAAUGUUCUCUCGCAAAACGUUUGCGCAAAACCUUUGCAUUCUGUUCCAUUCCCUUAAGAAACUUUGCAUUCUCUUCCAAAACUUUAGCGUUUUCUCAAAAAACGUUUACAUUUCCCUGAGAAGCUUUGCGCUUUCUUGUGAAACAUUUGCGCUUCUCACAAUACCUUUGCUUUCUUCUAAGAAAUGUUGCUUUCUCUCACUAAACUUUUGUGUUCUUGCACAAAAACUUUUGCGCUCCCCUGAGAAACGUUUAAUUCGCCCGCAAAACAUUUGUGUUGGAAAUAAAAUGAGGUUGCUAUAUUCCAGUGCUUUUGUGGGUGAAUGCAACAAAGUAAACUCAAGAAAUGUGUUCCUUUACGUUUGCGAAAGAACACAAAAGAAGAUUUGUGAACCACUGCAAUGUUUCUUGAGGGAACGCAAUACUUUUGUGAGAAAAUGCUCAGAAAUAUAAUAUUCAUUCUCAUCUCAUAUUUUUUCCCAACAACAUGUCCCUUUAGCGGCUCCAUCAAAUGUCUUAAUUGAAUAUAUGAGGGAGAAAAAAAAAAGAAUAAAGAGACAUACGGAAUGUGACGCUAUUGGAAUGACUAAAAACUAAUUUGACUGUUCUGAUGAAUUGCAAAGGAUUUUCAACUGAUUUCAGACCACAUAUGGAUGUAGUUUGGAAACAUCAGACUCCCAAAAAAAAAAAAAAAAUGGAUUAAUAAAUGAAUCAGAUUUUUGCUGCCUGUCUGAACAAAGCCAAAGUUUAGCCCUCAUCAUAGGCACAGUUAACACUCCUUUCAGAAACUGUAUUCUAUAGCACUGGCACAAAACUAAUGUCACAGCAUAAUCACUUCAUCCACAGCAUCAUUCACACAAACAGAAAACUAAAAUGACUCUAAGCUUGACUCAGUAUGAAGUUGCAAAUUUGAGAUUGCAAUUUCUUUAAGUUUGCUAAAUCUUUACUCCUUAAAAGGUUGUACAGAGCAGUUCUCCUUCUUAUUAAAUGAUCCACAUUUGUAUUUCCAACGGAAAUGUUGAUCUUGAUCCUCAUGAUGUUGUCAUAGUGGGGGAUUCGCAUGAAGGUUUUGCUUUUAGACUUCAAUUUAGUUUUAGCUUCAGGGUUAAGAGAUUAAAUCUACUUCUUGACUUAACUGGAAGUUAAAAAAAACUAUUAAUAAUCCUUUUAUUUCGAUGGCUAAGGUUUAAAGUUAAUUUAGUCCAAAAAGGCCUUGAUAUCAUUCAGUCAUAGCUUUACUUUCAUCGACUGACCACCAGUUUUACACAAAAACAUUUACAGAAGUAUUUACAACACUAAUCUUCCUCAGUGUUCACCACUCAAGGUAGUCUGUGACAUAUAAAGGUGCAAAAGAAACUUUAAUAAUAUUACUGUAAAUGGUGCUGCUUUAUACUCUAAAAUGUAGACGCCCCCUCCUCUCCUUUCUGCACAGAACUAUAAACCACCUGUGGACUUUUUAAAGGGAGGUUUAACACGGUGUCUCAAUGCGUCUCGGAUUAUCAUAUUUAUGGUCACUGCUUUGUUGAAAAGAAGUAUAUUUAUUUUAGGGUAGAUAGUUAUGCUUUUUCUAUACCACACUUUUCAGUCCAGCAUUUGCACAACGUGUCCAUCUGCCUUGUCACUUUUGAGAACAGAAACCCAGGUGUGCAAUAGGGGUCUUUAUGAGGAAUUGUUGAAUUCAAGUACCAUAUUUUAGGUUGGGUGGCAACAAUUCACCUUUUUAUUUCUAAUUUAGCUUUAGGUUCUUUAUUACCUUGUCUGUGGACUAAAUAAUAAAUGAGCAGCAUUAGAUUCAGUACUUUAUAUUUGUAAAUGCAACAGAUAUUUAACAGCAGUUAUUAAUUAUUUUUACUGGCACCAUGAUGAAUUUUAACUGUCCACAACUGUUACUGCAGGAUUUUACCCCCUGGUUCCAGGCCUAACUAUCUAGAGAUGUCCGUUUGCUGUGUUGCUAGCGGUACUGUCUGUCCUCUUAGCAUAACUGCUGCUUACAUUCAUAAGGCGUCAGAAAGCGGCAUAUAAAUCCCUGGCUUUUAAGCUAUUUUCUUUUUAGAGCUUGACAGUUCAGGUCACAGCAAGGACAAAGGGAACCUGGACAUACUAAAAAUAUCUUAUUAUGAGUAAAUUAUAUUUUAGGGUGAAAUAUCCCUUUAAGAAACAGUGUUGUGGAAUAAUAAGGCUGAAGUGAGAGAUGUUGAGUUUGUAAUGCUGUGCUUUUCCAGGCUGUAGUGGCACAGUAUUCUUGUCUCAAUGUAUUAAAAGUGCCACAUAAAAAAUGAUCAGCGCUUUCUAAUUAGUCCAAAUAGUCUAAUCUCAUGAAAGGUGGAUGCAGAAAUGUUGUGCUCGAGGUUCUUAUUCACGGCUUGUUGCGUUUCCUUGCAAGGCAACUGUAAGUCACCCAGUGGGAAGAGAUUGACAUGGUACCAACUGCUGCUAAAUACAUACAUUGAUGUCAUAUUGCACAUUUUAUAUGAAUAUAUAACAGCUGAAAUAUGAUAACCCACAGGACAGGCGUCUUUCUCAAUGAUUUACAUAUUGUAGUCCAACUUUACAACUAGAGUCAAAGAAACUUCCCUCCCUGAUUUAAAAGAUAUUGUCAUGAAAUAAAGUGUUCAGGAGGUGAUGAUAAGUUGUGGCAUAGGUGUAUCGCUGCUUGUGUAAAUGUAAAUAGUUGUAGAGUGCCAUCACCCGACACAUGUCAUGUGUCUGUCUAUUUUUAUUUUGUUUUGUUCUUUAGUAGAGAUCUAGCAGAUAUCGGCGAUUAUAAAAGGUGGAAACAUCCAUAGGUGCCUUAUAAUCAGUGAUGGAGACUUCAAAUGAUUUGCAUGAGUUGCAUCUUAUGCAGAGAAAAUAUUGCUUAUGGUUGAAGACUGGCGAAACCCUGCAGUAAUUUUGUUUUGUCAUGCAUUUCAAAUCAUCUGAUCAUGCAGGGCCUCAAAAAUAUUAAAACACAUGCAUAAUCUGUGAACCUUUUUUUUUUUUUUUUUUGCUUAGAAUAUUUUCAUCUUUUUGAUUAUCAUGUGACAAUUUGGGUUCUGUAUUUGAUCAGAACUGUGUGAUAGUGAAGUUGGAAAAUUAUUGACUGCUAUUAGAGGUUUUAAUAUAGUGGGGGUUUUUUUCAAUAUGGAAGUCUAAAGGUGCGGUCACAUUAAACUAUGUAAACUAUGUUCAUACACAAGAUGAGCACAGGUGAGUGAAAUGUAAAGUUGGUAAACUUGGAUCUUCAUAUUAAUAUAGUCAGAAACCUGCAUAGUUUGCAGUUUAAAUAGCAUGCGAUAUUUCAAGCAACAAAUGCUCAUUGGAAAAAAGUGCCUAUCUACAAUUUGGCAAAACUCCCAUAACAUACUUUUAUUUUACAUAACCAGCUCGUUAUGUACUGUAUGGCUUUUUUCUGAAGUAAUGAAUAUGCUCGAAAGCACACCCGGUAUAUUUAACUUGAUACUCUAUCGGUUGGGUUAAUGUAGGUGUGACUUCAAACACGAUUGAGCAUUAACCUUUUAGUGACACUCACCUGACAUUUAAUUUCCGAUCUCACACAAUAUGUACAACCAGUGUAAUGAAAUGUUGCCAGACUCACGUUCAUCUGUUUUGCUUAAAACAAAACAUAUUUUUAGCAUCACUCACAGAAUAAUUCACUUUAAAAGAGUCAAGAAUUGAAGGAGAAUUAUAUCAUUUUGCAGAAAUGUCACCACAGAUUCAUUUUUCCAGCGAUUACAAAUGUAUUUGUAUGUAUGAAUAACUAUGUGACAUCAUAUCUUGUUGCCCACAUUCAUGGCAGCAUCUCAAAUGGGGUUAGUGUGACCGCACUUUGAGACUGAAGAAAGCGUUAAACGCAGAUAACUUCAGUUUUGAUCCGUAUCUGUGCUCCAUUGUGAAGAACACAUGAGGGCUUCACAUCAUUCAUCUCUACAAAACACAAAACACAGUAUUAAGACUAAAUGCCAGUGUCCAGCUCUCGCAUGCUACACACUCUACCAGACUUGCCAGAAUGUGCAAUAGUGUAUAAAUACAUGGCAGGCACAUGGUGUCAUUACCUCUUAGUGUGUGGUAUUAAUGGCAGGACACUACACUAGUGCUAGUAAAGUCUCUCUGCGAUCAGUUCAAGGCAGACAAAGUGAUUUGUCAUGCCUUUCUACUAUGCAGCAGCUCUAGUCUGACUUUCAGAAGAGACACUUAUUCACAGAAGCUAUGUUUUAUCCAUUUUCAUGAUAUUUUAUUGAGGAAUAACAAAAUAUGCCUUGCAACCUUGUUGAAAAGACAAAUUAGAGCUGGUAUGAUGCUGUUCUAGCUGGUGGCAAUUUAUCAGUAAAAAUACUAGUCAACACGUGAUCUGUUUAGUGAUGCUGGCUGACCUAGGUUGGACUACAAAGGCAAAAUUGUCAAAAGUGAGUAGCGACCAACUCCGAUCUAUUCAAUUUGGCUUAAUCAUGCAUAUUCAAGGAAGAAUGAAUCAUGAAUUAAUCAAUUAAGUUGUAUUUCAGUUGUUGUAGUCACUGCAUCUGCAUUUAUAGGGCAGUACGGUCCUCCUGGUUAAGCUAGUUAAGAAGGAACAUUCACUGCAUCUAAACCACAACAUGUUGGUGACCAGCAACGCUGCUCUUUUCAACAUGGUCACAGUUUAUUUAUUCACUACUUCCCCUGAGGAUAUUUCUCACCUAUAAAAUACAUUUUAUAAAGUUGUGGCCGUUGCGUGCACAGAUAUACAGUAAAGCUGCAUUGCAAAUGCAUUACAUCAUUACAAAAAAAUACAAAGUUGCGCUGCCACUUUCAGUUUACAGACAUACUGCAGGGAAGCCCUUUACUAGGUUUUGUUAGUUUCCGAUUCUCCUCUUUGAGGGUCAGUUCCUCCAUAAUGCAAAGACGGCUGUUGUUCUGUGAACAAUGCUGUUAUUGCUUUUACUGAAAAUGUGAAACGAUGUAAACCGCUGUUUAAAAAUACACGGACACAUUUGAGAGGUUAAAACUGGUGCUUUUGUCAUAGAGGUGUGUUGGAUUCAUAUAGACAUGGUUUGGUUUUGACAGGACAAUCAACAUGCAUACACUCACACUUACACAGAAACAAUAUGUCCAGUAAUGUAUAGGCCUCAUUGUCCACCCUCCAAACGGCAUGGUUAUCUUUUAAAUAUACAUGUAAUGGCUUAUACUUACAAAAUUAAAACAUUAUACCCUUUGCCAGUUGUUCUCUACCCCACCCUCCCUUUUCAUUUGUCAGUUGUCCACCUAUUCAAGGCUUCUCUGUAAAGAAAUCACUAUAUUAUAGGCAGCUGAAUGAUUGUUCAGCUGUAGAUCUUAAGUACAGAUGUUUCACUGCCUGUUCAGCAAUAACCUGAAGGGUUUCAUUAAAGGAUCACGACACAACUAGACAUCCUCGCUUUGGUAGACUAUGUGAAAAUAAGGAUUCUUUACAUUUAUAAUGCUCUGAAAAAUCGAAAUCUUUGACAAAGCAGGAUGUUGAGGUCUGUCUGUGGUGCUCAGUCGACUUUUCAGAGCGUGAGGUGGGAUUUCAGGCAGUUUUGCUGUGCGUUCACAGUUUUUAGUCUCAAAGGAUAACCGUGAUCCCAGUAUGAAAAUACUUUGGUCUUAUUAUCUUAUGACUAAUUUAUCAAGGGGAGGGUUUUUCUUUUCUUUUCUUUUCUUUUUUUUCAGCACAUCUGAUGUAAUGUGGUUUGAAUAAGUGAGACCUCUCAUAAAUGGGCUAUUAACAGUGAGUUUUUCAGAGUGGUUUGGCUUCAAACUUGUUUUGAAUCAUUUAAUAUAUCAAUAAUAAGGAUGAAUCUAAUGCCAAAUAUACAUUAUUUAUUUAAAAUACAUAUAUUGAUGAAUAUAUGCCAAUUUUUUCUCUCUCUUUGCUUUAACUGAACUUUGUUAAGAUUGUUUUAUAAAGCUAUGACAGCAUGCAGGAUCGUAAAAAAAUGAUUGUAUGAUUUGAUGUUUCAUUGCUGUUAGUUGUUUUGGCAUUUUAAAAAAAUAGUUUGGUAUUUGUACAAUUAAUUUACUUUUUUUAUUUAUAAUUUAUUUAGUCAUAUUCAUAUCUAAAUAAUGAAUUUUCUUUUUGCAGAUUAGGAUUUUAUAAAGGGUUUGGUCCUUCUCCGUUUUAGUUUUGCUUCAGUAUUUUGCCUAAUUUCAGAUUUGAGCAAUCUGCCUCUUUGAAUAAUUGAAUAUUAAGUAUGAUCAUUUGUUGUACAUAGAACUACUAUUAAACUUUUUUUGAAGAAAAUAAA